AUGAUGGACGGCCGCCUCCUGGAGCACCCGCAUGCCCAGUUCGGGGGCUCCCUGGGCGGCGUGGUGGGCUUCCCGUACCCGCUGGGCCACCACCACGUGUACGAGCUGGCCGGCCACCAGCUGCAGUCGGCCGCCGCCGCCGCCGCCGCCGCCUCGGUGCCCUUCUCCAUCGACGGCCUGCUCAGCGGCUCGUGCGCCGCCGCCGCCGCCGCCUCGGUGGUGAACCCCACGCCGCUGCUGCCGGCCGCCUGCGGGGUCGGCGGCGACAGCCAGCCCUUCAAGCUGUCAGACUCGGGGGACCCGGACAAGGAGAGCCCGGGCUGCAAGCGGCGGCGCACCCGCACCAACUUCACGGGCUGGCAGCUGGAGGAGCUGGAGAAGGCGUUCAACGAGAGCCACUAUCCCGACGUGUUCAUGCGCGAGGCGCUGGCGCUGCGCCUGGACCUGGUUGAGUCCCGAGUUCAGGUCUGGUUCCAAAACCGCCGGGCCAAGUGGAGGAAGAAGGAGAACACGAAGAAGGGCCCUGGGCGGCCGGCCCACAACUCCCACCCUACCACGUGCAGUGGCGAGCCGAUGGACCCGGAGGAGAUCGCGCGCAAGGAACUGGAGAAGAUGGAGAAAAAGAAGCGCAAGCACGAGAAGAAACUGCUCAAGAGCCAGAGCCGCCACUUGCACUCGCCCGGCGGCCUGUCCCUGCACAGCGCGCCCAGCUCCGACAGCGACAGCGGCGGCGGCGGCCUGUCCCCGGAGCCGCCCGAGCCGCCGCCGCCCGCCGCCGCGGCCAAGGGCCCCGGCGCGCACGCCGCCGGCGCCGCCUGUGCUGCGCCCGCACCGCCCGGCGAGCCGCCCGCUCCCGGCACCUGCGAUCCCGCCUUUUACCCGAGCCAAAGAAGCGGCGCCGGCCCGCAGCCACGGCUAGGCCGCCCCGCGGACAAGGACGCCACCCCGUGUGCGCCCGGGGCGGCGGCCGAGCGCGGCGCCGCGGGCCCGCCCAAGGCCAGCCCGUUCAGCGUGGAGAGCCUGCUGUCCGACUCGCCGCCGCGCCGGAAAGCGCCCCCCGCCAACGCCGCCGCCGCCGCCGCGGGGCUGGACUUCGCGCCCGGCCUGCCGUGCGCGCCGCGGACCCUCAUCGGCAAGGGCCACUUCCUGCUCUACCCCAUCACGCAGCCGCUCGGCUUCUUGGUGCCGCAGGCCGCGCUCAGGGGCGGCGCGGGUCCCGAGCCCGCGCCCAGGGACGCGCCGCCCGCGCCCGCCGCGCCGCCCGCGCCGCCCGCCCAGGCCAGCUUCGGGGCCUUCCCGGGGCCCGGCGGCGCUCCGGACUCGGCCUUCGCGCGCCGCAGCCCUGACGCCCCCGCCUCCUCGGGGGCCCCGACCCCAGCGCCUUUCCGGGACGCGGCGGCGGCCGCGGCCGAGGGCGGCGGCAGGGACUGCGCAGACGCGGGGGCCGCCGGCCCAGCGGCCGCGCCGCCGCCACCGCUCGCGCUCUCGCCCGGGCCCGGCCCGCGAGCUCCCAGCCCCGCCGCGGAGCCGGCCGUGGGCGGGACCCCCGAAUCGGGCGCCGCCGCCGGACCCAGCGCGGCGGAUGGCGAGGAGGUGGACAUGGACUGA